UCCGGUUAUACAAUGGCUCUUAUCAAUAAUACUAUCUUCACUUAUGGUGGUGUCUCUGUAGAUGCCAAUGGAAAUCGUAUGUCAGGUGCUGUACUCAAUAGUCUUUGGUUCUUGGAUGCCAAUUCUUUUCUUUGGAGUUCGGGUUCAAAUGGUCCAGCUGUCACUGAUCAUUCAACUUGUUAUAUUCCGUCUUGCAACUGUUUGGUUACUUUUGGUGGAUCUCAAACUGGAAAUCCAGAUCAACCAUCUAGGUCUGUUUAUACUUACGAUCUUGGUACUCGUUCAUGGAAUCUUCAAGUCAAUCCUGGUUCUGUCAAUGGUGCUAUACCCGGUCCUCGACGUUUACACACCGCAACUUGUCUUCAAGAUAGAAUGUUAGUCUACGGUGGAGGUACCACAACUCCUUCAGAUUCGGAUGUCUGGGUUCUCGAUGCAUCUCAAUAUCCAACACUUACUUGGCUACGUCAAAGUAUGGCAAACGCAAGUCAAGGUCCCGGUGCACGCAUGGGUCACACAGCCGUAUUGGACUCUACUCGGAGACGAAUUUAUAUCUAUGGUGGAUGGACUGGUCAAGGAAAUGAGGAUCAAAAUAUGUAUAUACUCGAUAUUGAAAAAUCAAGUUGGUCAAGCGUACCAUCAACAGGCAUGUCUUCUUCUUCUUCUUCUUCUUCAAAUCAACCUAGCUCUGGUACUAGCUCAUCCACUCCUGUUGGUGCCAUUGCAGGUGGUGUGGUUGGUGGCGUAGUUGGUUUAUGUGCUAUUGCUCUGGCAGCUUUCUUUUUUAUCCGACGACGAAAACGACAACAGCAAAUCGAAAAAGAGGCUAUGGAAAAGGAUAUGGACGAUCAAAGUUACGAAGACGACUAUCGAACUUAUUCACUAAGCGAUCCUGCUCAUUCGGAUGCCAACUUGAUGACCCCUUACAGUCAUAAACGCGUUUCCAAGGCAUGGACUUCCAAAACGGGGACUACAAGUACUCGUAACUCUUAUGCUCGACAAUCUGAUAAUGGUGAUGUUCCCUCUUCUGUUAUGGAAAUGAUGUCUUCACCAACCGACUCUCAUUAUGAUAUCGCUAGUUAUCUGCGUGGCUCAAGAAACUCACUUGCAGCAAGCAAACAGCUAUUGGCACACGAUUUGGAUGGACCUGGACAAAUACCCAACGAAUACGUUUUACAGAAACCCAAUGAAUUCUCAAUGCCGGCAUCUCAGUUUGCAGCUCACAACAAUAGUAACAAUAGUAUACCUAUUGACCAUUAUACACCUUCUACCAACUUAUCAACCGUUACAUCCGAUGGUGCACCUCUCAGUAGCAGUAUGGAAGUUUUACGAAGCAUAAAAACGAAUGGAAUUACCAACAGUGCGCCAUCACAAGUUCACACAAAUACGGCUGUUCCACUUACACAUCAUCAAUACCCAUCAUCAAGUGUUCCAGUCGCUCAACCCAUCUCACCUCAAGCUCUCAAUGACACGACCGGCACUGAGAACGGUAUUUAUGACUCUGUUAGUCCAUUGGAUCGACUGGCAACUUUGGGACAAGCAAAUGGAAUUUUACAUGAAGAACUUGAUGAUACCAGCAAUAGUAACAAGAAUACCAGCAACAAUGUCAGUAUUAGUAGUAUACGAAAUUCACAACAUUUAUCCAUUUCCGGUAUGCUUCCUCGACGUUACAAAUUGGACAAAUCAAAACCUCCUGUAAUCGGCCCGACCAACGGUAUUCUAUUUGUCUACAAAACUGAUAAUCAGGAUGCUGUCAAGUCUAACGUAGUUGUCAAGUCAUUUGGCCGCCGUGAAGCGUGGGAACGGGAAUGUCGUACUCUGAUGAAGCUCAAAUCUCACCAUGUGGUUACAUUAUUGGAAGUACUGACGAUCCAGGACGAAAAUGAUGAUUAUCAUAUCAAAUAUGUCACUGUCAUGGAACGACUCGAUGAAACAUUAUCUACCGCAAUUCGACGAGCAAGGCCUUCAUCUACAGAUCAAUCCAAACAAUCACCAGUAUCUACUACUAAUCCUAUUUGGUCUGAUCAACAUACUAUUUCCAUAGCUCGGGACAUUACCGAAUGUUUGAUUUGGUGUCACGAAAAAGGGAUUGCUUUCUGUGAUUUGAAGCCCAGCAACAUCAUGCACAACAUGGAUGAACCUUGGAAAUUGAUUGAUUUUGAAGCUAGUCGCACCAUUGGAGAAGAAUGUGUUGGCGUGAUUACCCCUCGAUACUGUCCCCCUGAAGUAGCGCGUGCUACUACUUAUGGUUUAGAAGGCGCAAAUGGAGUGGUUGCUACAGCAAGUGUAGAUCUUUGGGCGCUUGGAUGUGUAUUAUAUGAAUUAGAAACGAAGCGUCCUCUCUUCGCCACAAGCAUCAAAGAUGAAACUAUUUUACACUUUGUCUCUCAUCCUUCUUCUUCUACGCCUAUUCUCAAUAAUGGUUUACGAUGGAAUGAUCAAAAAGAACUGGAGAUCCCUCACUUGGAUCGACAAGUCAGAAACGCCCAUUCUCGCCAAUUAAUCAAAAUGUUAUUAAGUCGAGACCCUGUCAAACGUGGUAGUGCCUCGCAAUUAUUGGUAAGUUCUAUACUUCAGCAUAUGUAUGGAUGA